AUGUGUAUUGAUUACCGGCGGUUGAACUCGGCCACUAGGAAGGACCAUUUCCCUCUCCCUUUCAUGGACCAAAUGUUGGAAAGGUUAGCCGGGCAAUCUUACUAUUGUUUUCUAGAUGGCUACUCCGGGUACAACCAAAUCACGGUUGACCCAGAAGAUCAAGAGAAAACAGCCUUCACUUGCCCAUUUGGGGUCUUUGCUUAUCGUCGGAUGCCUUUUGGGUUGUGUAAUGCA